AUGACGGAGCUGUCACGAGAAAUUGGAGAAAUCUGGUCAAGGUUGUUCGACCAUCGUCCAUUUCUGAAUGGGGAAAUAAAGUUUAUGUUAAAGGAGUUUGAGGAAAAGCGUGGAGAUAGGGAAGUUGAAAAUCUCUUUUCUAUACUUGAAAAGUUGACAGACAUUAAAGACAGUCAAGCAGAUAAAAUUAGAAAGAGUGGCGAAACUGGUCUUCCUAUACUUAAAGAGAAACUUGAACAAGCAUUGCAGCUUAGUGACGAAGUAGAAAAGGACUAUCAGGAGAAACAUAAGGUUAUUGAAGUAAAACGCCAACAACUUCGAGAAAAGAGACAAAAAGAAUGGGAUCAAUUUAUUGAUGAUAUGAACUUUAAAUGCCAAAGAAUUGAUAAUACAUUUGAAGAGAAAGAAGAAGAAUUAAGAGAUUUAUAUGCUGAUCUAAAUCACAAACUGAACAUUACUGACAAAUAA